UGAGUCAAUACAUAUAACUAAAAUGGCACCGUUGUCUACUUGUAAUGUUAUAGUCGAAUCUGAUUUACCAUCUUGGUUAAACAAAAUAAAUCUAGAAAACGCCAUUAGAAAGGAAACGGAUAAAGAUGUUCGUAAAAUAUUUAACAUGAACAUUAGAAAUGCCUCCAAAGCAGGAGAAAAUUAUUCAUCAUUAUUAAUACGGAUACAUGCAGAUGUUGAAUUGGAGAAUGGAAAACACAAAACAUUCUCCUUCGUUUUAAAAGCUCAACAUCCCAAUCCGUUUAUGAUGCAAAUUACAACCUUGUUGCGACUUUUUCCCAAAGAAGAAGAAAUGUACUAUAGAAUUUUGCCGAGAUUUGAAAAACUCUACGAAGAUAUUGGCAAAUCCGUGCAAUUUGCCCCAAAAGUUCAUAAAUUUGAUGAAGAUAUUGGUGUAGAGCACAUUCUAAUGGAAGAUUUACAUGUAAAAAAUUACAAAAAUAUUAAUCGUGUCGAUGGACUUGACAUGAUACACACUCAAACAGUUCUUAGGAAACUGGCUGAAUACCAUGCCGCAUCGGCAUGUUACGUAGAGAAAUAUGGUCAGUUAAGUGAGGACUUCACAGCCGGUGUUUUUAGUGCAAAGAACCGUGGUCUUCUGCAAGAGUUCAAUGCAUCUGGUGCAUUUCUGGCUCAACUGAAAAAAUGGCCCAAUUGUCAAAAAUAUUAUGAGAAAUUACACGAUACUGACGAGUAUUUGGUUGAUCGUUUGCUAGAAGAUCAAAAAGUCAACACACGUGAAUUUAACGUGCUGAAUCAUGGUGAUUUGUGGUGCAAUAAUAUUAUGUUUCAAUAUGAUGCAUUUGGUAAAAUCAAAAAUACUCUAUUUGUGGAUUUUGCCAUUAGCAAAUAUGGUUCACCAGCAAACGAUUUGUAUUAUUUUACACUUUCAUCUUGUGCUCGUGAUAUUAAAUUGUCUAGAUUUGACUAUUUGAUACGUUACUAUUAUGAUAAUUUAAUAGAAAAUUUGAAAUUCUUACAAUACUCCCGCCCUUUGCCGAAAUUGAUAAACAUUCAUGGCUCUCUGUUAAGAAAUGGUUUGGCGGCUUACAUGGUGGUAUCUAAAGUUUUGCCAGCUGUAGUUUUGGAAAAUACUGACAGUGCUAAUUUGGAAAACUAUAUGGAAGAUCAGUCUAAAAUGAAAAUGUCAAUGUAUAGUAAUUCUAAAUAUGUUCAAGCUAUGUCGGAGAUUUUACCCUGGUUAGAUAAUCGUGGUUUGUUGGAUUGGAAAUAAUACUUUAAACAAAUUUCAAUAUUGUAAAUUUUAGUAGCAAUAAAAUACA